AUGCAGAGACAUCUGUUGAACAUUGUUGUUAGUGCAGGUGCAAAAUGGCUGCCAAAACUAGAUUUUAAUUUUGUGAUAUUAACAUGCAGCAUUUAUAUUGAAAACCGGGGUGCACGAAGAAUUUCGAACCAUGCAAAUAUUCAAAAGGAUGCCUCAAUGUCAAAAGCCCACGUGCAAGAUCGCGAUUUAAACACUAAACAAAAUGCUCGGAAGAUAAAGAAGUUGUUCCGUUGAAGCAUGACGAUCUUUUGUCAAUAAAAACAAACAAAAAUCUCUACAGAAACCUGCAACUUCACCACAGUCUUCUUCAAGUGAUGAAGAGGAACAAAGCGACUUGGGCGGAAGCAGCAAAGAUAUUUCAGAUGUUGAAAGCUACGAAGAGAAGUGAUUGAGAUUAAAGCUCUUGAGGAUAUCGAAACCCUCAAGAAAGAUGAUGAAUACGAGGUAAAAUUUUUACGUUGUCGUGGAACCACCUGGAAAUUUGUUUAUUCACCAGUGGAAGAUAUUUCUUCAGUUCGAGAACAAGAUAUUAUUUUGAAAUUACCGUUUCCAAUCAAUGUAGGUGGAACAGAAAGAGUUAAAUCUACUCUGAUAUUUACUCUGGACCAUUAUUAUCAAACGUGCGUUGAUUUUCUUUAUUAUUGUCAUUAUUAUUUCAGUAAUUAAUAUACAGUUUUCGUUGUUGAUAAUAAUUAAU